AUGGACUGGUCCACGGGCGAUCUGGUGUGGUUUGAUCCUGGCCUUGGACACCCGCUGCCCGGCGAGAUCCAGGAGGUUCACCGUGCCGCCCAGAUGAUCAUCGUACAGGCACUCAUCAAUGGCAAGCCCCAAACGUUCACGCUUGGCCCAAGCGAGGGCAACAUUCGCGCCCGCCAGGACCUGGGCAAAACGGGCGUGGAGGAUAUGACGCAGCUGGAGGAUCUGCACGAGGCGUCGCUACUGUGGAACUUGAAGCUCCGGUACGAUAACGGGCUGAUCUACACGAACGCCGGCAGCAUACUGAUCGCGAUCAACCCGUACAAAAUGUUCCCGGAGUCGUACGGCAUCGAGAUGGCGCAGCUGUACGCCGGCAAGCCGCUCGGCACGCUACCGCCGCAUCUGUUUGCGAUCGGAUCGGCCGCACACGCCGCCCUUCCCUCGCCCCAGGUCGUCGUCAUCUCCGGCGAGUCCGGCUCGGGCAAGACGGAGUCGACCAAGCUCGUUAUGCAGUACCUGGCGGCCGUCGUACCGGGCGGAGGUUCCGCCUCGACCGUCAUCACCGAGCAGAUUCUCGAGGCGGCCCCACUGCUGGAGGCGUUCGGAAAUGCACGCACCGUACGCAACGACAACAGCUCCCGGUUCGGCAAGUACCUGGAGGUGUACUUCAAACAGGGUGCCAUCAUCGGCGCCAAGAUCACGCAGUAUCUGCUGGAGAAAUCGCGCAUUGUGACGCAGGCGGCCGGCGAGCGGAACUAUCACGUGUUCUACGAGCUGCUCGGAGGGCUGUCCGAAACGGAGCGCAUGAAGUACGGCCUGCUCGAGGCGGAGAAGUACUUCUACCUGAACCAGGGCGGCUCGGAUUGUGCACCGGGCCGGAUGGACUGGGCGUCGCUGCAGAGCGCCAUGCAGGUGCUCGGCGUCACCGAGAACGAACGGGAAGGCAUCGUGAAGGUGCUGGCCUCGGUGCUUCAUCUGGGCAACGUGUACUUUCACCGGCGUCAGUUGCGCCACGGACAGGAGGGCGUCGAGAUUGGGUCCGAUGCCGAAAUUAAGUGGGCCGCCCACCUGCUGCAGCUGCCCUCCGAGGGCAUCCUGAAGUCGCUUACCUCACGCAUCACGGAAACGCGCUCCGAGCGGCUGUACACCCCGCUCGGCAUUGACCAAGCGUUGGACGCACGAGACGCACUGGCCAAGGCGCUCUACUCGGGAUUAUUUAACUGGCUGGUGCUGCGAAUCAACUCGAUCGUACAUCGCGGUGGUACGCACGAUGCGCAACGUCUGUCUAUUCUGGACAUCUUCGGGUUCGAAGAUUUGGCCGAGAAUUCGUUCGAGCAGCUGUGCAUCAACUACGCCAACGAGAGCUUGCAGCUCUACUUCAACAAGCACGUGUUCAAGCUGGAACAGGCGGAGUACGCCCGCGAACGACUCGAGUGGACCGCCCUGGAGUGGGAGGACAACCUGCCGGUGAUUCAUCUGCUCGCGAAGAAACCCGUCGGCAUUUUCCACCUGCUGGACGACGAGUCGAACUUCCCGCGUGCAAACGAUUCCAGCUUCUUGGAAAAGUGCCACUACAAUCACGCCCUGAACGAGCUGUACUCGCGCCCAAGGGUGGGCGCACAGGAGUUCGGCAUCACGCACUACGCCGGGCAGGUGUGGUACUGCGUGGAUGGGUUCCUGGAGAAGAACCGCGACGCGCUGCGGAUGGACGUGAUUGAGCUGCUGAGCUCCAGUACGGAACCGCUCGUCGGCGAGAUGACGAAGCAGCUGCGGGCCCAACGGGACGUAGGAAAGACACUUCCGAAGGGCUCCAAUGGCCGGUUCGUGACGAUGAAACCACGCACGCCAACGGUGGCCGCCCGGUUCUCCGAUUCACUGCAGCAGCUGCUGCAAUCGAUGGCCAAGUGUAACCCUUGGUUUGUGCGUUGCGUUAAACCGAACAACGACAAGCAGGCACUGCGGAUGGACAUGCCGUGCGUGCUGCAACAGCUGCGCUACCUUGGCAUGCUGGACACGAUCAAGAUACGUCAGUCCGGCUACCCGGUUCGGCUGCGCUUCCAACACUUUGUCGAACGCUACCGACAUCUGAUGAAGACUCCGCUUCCGAAGGGAACCCCGUACCGGGAGUUGUGUCGAUUCGUUCUCGACGCCCUCCCGGGUACCAACACCGAGGGGCCCGAUUUCCAACUCGGGGCAACACGUGUCUUCCUGCGGGAAGCACUGCACCGAACGCUGGAGGCGAGUCGUGCGGAUCGAUUGCGCCUUGCGGCCGUCACUAUCCAGCGGAACGUCCGGGGAAUGCUGGCACGGAAGAAGGUCCAGCGAGAGAUCCGAGGUGCCACCACGAUCCAGCGCUACUGGCGCGGUUACCACGAGCGAAACCGCUACCUCACGAUCAAGCACGGUGUCAUCAAGUAUCAAGCCCUUUUCAAGGGACACAUGCAACGCAAACGUUACGCCAAGCUGAAGAACGAACUCAAACGUCGCCGCGAAGCCGAACGACUUAAGAAGGAACGUACGGCACAACGGCUGGCCAAGGAGCAGGUGGAACGCGGAUCCGGCGUACCACUGGACAUUCCCGCCGAACUGGCGUUCAUCUUCUCCAAAUCGGAGAACUAUAGCGGCCAGCAGAGCGAUCGCAACCUGGUGAAGGUGGUCGGAACGGUUCCGGGACCACCAUCAGCCGCCGACCUUCCACCCGAUCUGGAUCAGUUUGCGUUCGGCAAGUUUAGCUCGGUGUAUUGUAACGGCGUUAAACUGUCACCCCGCCGGGACAUCAUUUCUGCACCCUUCCUGUCGCGUGCAGCUGCCCGCGAUCAGGACUUUAAGGAUGCAAUCGCGAUCUUUAAGCUGAUCAUUCGCUGGACCACCGACGCCAGUAUGGACGCGAAUCGGGAGAAGGUCCUGGCGGACUAUAUCGUGCACAAGGGACUCUCUUCUCGAGGCCUUCGGGAUGAGAUCCUGGUGCAGAUCUGCAAUCAAGUGUACCGGGCGGACGAGGUCACCGCGGAGAAGCUUUGGACCCUGAUGUCCCACUGCCUGUCCGCGUUCCAGCCGGGAUCGGCGUUCAGCAAGUACUUGAUUAAAUUCAUCGUCGACAAUGCACCACCGAAUACGAAGGAGCAGAUUCUGAAGAAACUUCUACGUAACACCAACGCCGGUCAAACGAACCCAUGCCGCCUGUUCCCGCCCUCCUGGUUGGAGUGGCGUGCAUCGUCUCGUCUGGCAGAUACGGCACUGGGGCUUAAUCUACCCGAUAGUAGCGUCCAGACGGUAGCGGUCGACUCGUGGACGACCUGCGAAGAAGCGGCCGCGCUGGCAAUUUCCGCCUUCGGUAUCCCGAACCUCGGCUGGACGGUAGUGAUCGACGAAUCCGACCAGAUGACCGAUUCCUGCGGGCUCGACUUUGUGCUCGAUCUGGUUGCGGAAAAAGAACUCCCGCCGGCGUUCCCCGCCGUACGCAGCGACAUCUUGCGCUGCGGUAAGAAGAUACCCUCGGGAGGAUCAAACAGUGCCGGAAGCGGUAUGGAUUCGGCGAUCGAACCGAGCAGUCCCAAGCGACCCCAGGUGCCUCCACCGGAGCCACCCUCCAUGAAGCGUAACUCGCAGCUCGUGGAAAUGCAGCUAGUUCCGGUGACGACCGGAGGGUCCUCGAAACACGAACACCCAUCGGAAGCGUACGGUGGGCGACAUAUGGAACCGAUGGCACAAUCGUCCGGCAUGGUUGGACGCAAAACGUCCCACGAUGUGUCCCUCUCGAGGCACAAAAUGCGAGAAGAGCGUGCAUUCUACGAGGAUAAGAGUCGUUCGCGCUCGUUAGAUGAUUUGCUUGCGGGCGAACCGGACGAAGGGAUGCCACCGGACACCGACGAACCGGAAACUUCGAUGACGUUGACACUCGGUGAAAACCGGAUCGGCAAUAAAUACCGUUCGGUAGACACGAUCGCGCCGCUCAAGGAGCAACAUCCACGCUUCGUGAAGUCGCAGUACGCCGGCAAGCGAACGGCCGGCUCGCAUUCGCUGAAGUACGCAGAAAAGUCCGAGUUUAGCGUCCGCUCAUCCGCAAUGUCGGACACAAGUGAAGCCCCAUCGUUGGCGAGCCACGUACGGCGGGUACGCGUACCGUCGCAAGCAUCCGACGUCGAUCAGUUCCUGGAUGAUCUGUUCAGCCCGGUGCUGGACGGUUCGCUGGAUGAACUCUCCGACGCACGCUCGCUAGCGGCCAGCAUCCGUGGAAGCACCGUGCGUCAAUCGUCCCCCGACACUUGCGAUCAAUUCAUCAGCGGACUGUUAUCAUCCGUCCCAACCGAUCGUACGCUAACCGACCUCGAGCAUAGCGGCUUCAUUAGCCAGGCCACCAAGGGUGGCACAACGCAUCAAUCAAAGAAUGCCACCUCGAACGGUUUCACGCCGGCAAAUGCUCCCAAUUCGAUCGCACCGCUUACGCCGGUCAACUCGAACUCACUCCUGAUGAUGGGUUCCGUCAGCCCGGACGUGGUAAUGCCGGUGUUCCAGAUCCCACCGGGGGUGGAUAGCACCGCCUACCAGCAGCAAAUGCAGCGUGCUUUCCUUCAGUCCGCCAUGGCGCAAAACAUCCAAAUCCAGCAGCAACUGAUGGCACAGAACCAGGCCCUUCAAACGCUCCUGACUCAACAGGAUGGUGCCGGACCAUCGUCAUCCCCACCCGCAAUUCCUGGAGCCAUCUCGCCGAAGCAUAAUGCCGCUGCCGGCGCCGCUACCGGGUCACCAACGUCCGUCCAACACUCACCGAUUCGCAAAAUGAGUGCCAAAGCCGCCAUCGCUGAUCGAGUGCCCCUCGGGGGUCAGACAGCGUCGGGGUCAUCAUCAUCUUUCUCAGAGAUGCUACGCAACAGGAAGGACUCCUCUUCGUCCAAUCUUAUACCACCUCCUCCACCGCCGCCCCUUCCACCACCGCUCGAAUUGAAAGACCCAUUCGAGGUCCGCCCAUUCCUCGACCCGUAUGGGCGCGCGAAAACUGUACGCAUCGGUAAGUGGCGCUGGCCACCACCGCAGGGUGUGACGGCGAGCACCGAAACGGAGGAGAACUUCAUCCAGUUCAAGAUGACGCGUCAAAGCAACCGAAAAACGACACCCCAGUCGCAGCACAGCAGCAAUCUGGAUUCACCGAUCGGCUCCCCGAACGGUGUCGAGUGGGAAGAGUUCGAGAUCGAUCAGAAACUUCAGGAACAGGCAGAGGGUGGCGUGAAGGGCGGUGCCGGUGGUCAAGCCGGUGCGGCGGCCAAUCGAUCGGCGAAACGAAGCUUCGACAUUGGAGCCGAUCGACCACCACCGAACAGCGUCGGUAAGCUGAAGCUGAGCAACGAGAUGCGUCAACGGCUGGAGCAGGUUACCGCCGGUCACUCGGUGCGCUCGUCCAGUGCCAAGUCGGACCGACCGGAACGUACCCCGGCCAAGCUAGAGGACACCCGCCGCAUGAUGCUGGAGCAGCAGCUUGGUGGUAUGAAUGCACCGGGAGGAGGCGGUCCGUCCGGCAAGUCUCCUGGCGCAAUGGGAGAGUCUCCGUCGGUGAAAAGCCAGGUACAGCGGAUGGAAGCGAGCAAAAAGAACAGUGCUCCGGCUACGGCAUGGCCAACGGUUUUACCGCCCGCCCCACCAGGUCCCGCACCACCCCCACCGAUUCGCCCUCCGACAUCAACGCCACCAGCACCACUGCCACCGAUCCAUGGCAUGAUGGUCGCUCAGAACAACAAUCACGGACAGUCGGAUAUACCUUCGUUCGUGCAGCGCCAAGAACGCGACACGUUUGGUGCCAAGGACAGCUUCAUGGACUCGUGGGGUCGCGCCGAGGCGGCCAAGCUGGAUUUGGUUUACGAAACAAGUUUCAAGAAAGAAAUGAUUAUCGAACGGGAACGAUCACGAUCGCGUUCGAGAUCGCGCGAUCGGGAAAACUUUUCCGAAUCCGUGUGGGACCGGUCGGAGGUGGAGGGACCUUCAUCGACAUCGAGCGACCCGCGUGAUCGCGAUCGCGACAAAGAACGCGAGGCCCGCGAACGCAACUACGAGCUAACGCAGCUCCAGCGGGAAAAGGAAAGUAAUAAGGUGUUCCACCCGUCCGCGUACGGCAAAGAGAAACAGCAUCAACAGCAGCAACAGCAGCAGCAGCAGCAACACCAGCAACAGCAACAGCAACAUCACCAACAACAUCACCAACAGCAAUACCAGCAACAAUACCAGCAGCAACAGAAGCAGUACUCCGCCAACGCAUCGAGCUCGAUCGCCACCUUCAAGACACACAUGGUGCAGAAGAGCGUCCAGGAGCGGGAACGCAAAUCGUCGGCGACCACCACCAACGGUUCGGUGUACAGCGAGAGGAUGGACGAUGGUAGCAUGGCUGACCCGCCGGCCCCCGUGAUGCCGGUGCAGGUGAAUCCCUCACUAAAGGCACCGGCCGCGGCCUGUCUGACGUACAAUCGCGUCACCUGGACACUGCGCGUCCGCAAGGAAGUGUUCCGACCGAGCGAAACCGUUACGGCACCAGCCGCGUUGGAUCUGCUGUUCAACCAGAUCACGGCGGACGUGUUCGGUGUGACCCCGUGCAUGCGAAUAUCGCCGCAGGAGAAGCGGCUGGCCGUGAAUCUGCUCAGCAGCCACGGCAUCACCGCCAACGGCCAUACGACAGCGAAGCAGCAGCACGUGCGGGCGAUCGUGAAGCGCCACGUGCUGGACAUGGCCCGCGGAUGGCCGCUCUACUUUGCGCGCCUGUUCGUGAUGAACAGUUCACCCUCGAUCCAGGAGGGCACACUGAUGGCCGUCUCGCACAUGGGCGUUUAUCUGGCCACCAAGGAGCCGGAGUACCUCUCGAUCCAGCGUGCCUUCCCGUACGAUGACAUACAAAGUGUUACCACCCUGCCGAGACCGCUGACGCUCCAGGUGACGCUCAAGACCGGGGCCCGUAUCGUGCUGCAUGCAUCCAAGGCGAACGCCAUCCAGAUGAUGGUACAAUCGUAUCUCGCCGAGUAUCGACAGACCCAAUCGAAGGGUUCAACCAUUUCGUCCGGAGUGCGGGCGGCCGCCGCCACCCUCAACGUGCCGCUCGAGCGGCUGGAAACCUCCAACAUCAACAGCCCCGGCUCACCGAACCAGAUCUCCCCGACGGAGAAGGGCCACCUGCACCACCACCUGCAGCAUGGCGGCCCGCACCAUCCCCUGCACCAUCACCACCAGCAGCAGCUGCUGGACGAGUUCGAGGACAUGCACAUCGAGCACGGGCUGCCGGAGUCGUCCCCACCGCCACCGAUGGGCAACGCCGGCUACGGCAACGAUCCCCGAGGCCACGGCCUACUGAUGAAGCACAGCAACGGUCAGCAGCAGGGGCACCCGCACCAGCCGCAACUGCACUCCCCGUCCUAUGGUGAGCGCAGCGGAGGCGAGGGCACGGGCCGCACCGGCAGUGGCGCCGGCGGCAUGAUUGUUAACCACAAAAACUCACCCAUGGGUAACGGUAACGGCAGCUACGGCGAUAUGCACAUUAUGGCCCACCCGGAGAACGACUCAUCGCCGACGCAGACGUCGCUGACCAAACACUCACUGUUGCAGUUUGCGAUGCAACACUUCCGAACGGAUGAAGAGUUCAAAUCGAACCGCUCCGAUAAACGGGCCAUGCGCAACCAGCACGCGGACCUGGUGAAGUGGCAAGGGUACCCGCUGAGGGCACCACUGCUGCGACUUCCGGCCGACCUAACCCCGCUCGCCCUGGAAUGCUUCGACUGCGUCCUGCGCUACUGCGGCGAUCUUGCCGUCGAUCCCGAGCUGUCCGAGGUGAAGUGUGUUUACACGGUGCUGAUGCACUGCCACAAACAUUUGGCCCUACGCGAUGAAGUCUACUGUCAGCUGAUGAAGCAGACGACGGCGAACCGAUCGGCCUGUCCGGACUCGGCGCAGCGCGCCUGGCGACUGCUGAGCAUUCUGGCCGCCUACUUCGGUUGCUCGGACGCACUGCGACCGUAUCUGAUCGAGCAUCUGACCUCGGCCGCCUCCGAUCGACGGCGGCCGUGCCACGGAACGGCGGCCGUCUGCCUGACGAACCUGCGCAAGACGGCUCGCUGCGGUGGCCGAAAGAAUGUACCGAGCGUCGAGGAAGUUACCGCCGUGUCCGCGGGCAGAUCGGCCCGACGGCAGAUCUACCGUCUACCAGGGGGUGCCGAACGUAUCGUCAACACACGCUGCUCGACCGUCGUCGGUGACGUGAUCGCGGAACUUUGCUCCCUGCUCGGCAUCGAGUCGCCCGCCGAACAGCAGGAAUUCUCGCUCUACUGCAUCGUCCAAGGGGACGCCUUUACCAUGCCGCUAGCCGCGGACGAGUACAUCCUCGACGUGACGACGGAGCUGCUCAAGUCCGGCCAACCGUUCUACCUGAUCUUCUGCCGCUCGGUGUGGCACUUUGCGCUCAAGCGCGACCCUGCGCCCACCCCGCUGUACAUAGAGGUCCUGUUCAACCAGGUCGCACCGGAUUACCUCGAGGGGCUGCUGCUGGAGCUACCGAACGGUGGGGCACCCAGCCCGGAUUACGUGCGCGAUAUGGCGCGCAUCGCCGCCAUCCUGCAUCGGGCGGCCGACCUGAACCACCUGCCGGCAAUGAAGGAGAUCAAGUUCCUGCUGCCGAAGCCGGCCCUCUCGUUGCGCGAGCUGCGUCCGGCCCAGUGGGUGGCGCUGGUGCAGUCGGCCUGGCCGUCCGUCGCCGGCCUCAGCCCGAUCCAGGUGAAGGCGCAGUUCCUGAACGUGCUAUCGUCGUGGCCACUGUUCGGCAGUAGCUUCUUCGCCGUCAAGCGCGUUUGGGCCGACGAAAACCCAAUGGAGGAGCCGAGCCCGAUGUGGCGCGAGCUGAUACUCGCCCUCAACCGCCGCGGGGUGCUCUUCCUCGAUCCCAACACACACGAAACGAUGCAACAUUGGCCAUUUAAUGAAGUGAUUUCAACGCGAAAGGUACGUUCAGAGGAUGGUGCACUGUUUCUCGACAUGAAGGUGGGCAACCUGCUACAGCAGCGCGUCAUUCGCGUGCAAACCGAGCAAGCGCACGAAAUCUCGCGACUAGUGCGCCAGUACAUCACAAUGGCCCAGGCGCAGCAACGUGACCGACGGGAGUAG